AUGACCUUUAGGGAGGCCUCUCAAUCUCCUCCACGUCAUUCUACGCAUCAUCGCCGUCGCCAUCACCAGCCGCGCGAUGGCAAUAAAUCCUACCAAGUGUCCAAUGAUAGAUCAUGUCUGAAACAUUCGCACAAACAACAUCAGAGCGACUUGGCUAUAGGAAAUUCAAAUAGAUCCUCGCAACCGCACUUCCGCUUUGACAUUGUCGAGAAUUGGCUAGCGCAGACGGCGAGACAGAGCCCCCACUCCUGCCCCAGGACAUCACAAGGGCAUCGGAGAGAAGACACGCACAGUCACCAUCCAUCUAGACCGCUUGAUUCGAUAGCUCCAUACAAUAAGCACCCUAGACAUGUAGAUCCAAAAUGGAGUCCUCGUCACGGCUUUCCCUCCUAUAGCCUACCCCAAUCGGCUUCCCCCUUUCAGGACCUGGGUAUGAGAGAUCCAAGGAAGUCUAGGCGAAGACGGAUCACUCCCAGCGAUAGUUCGUUCAUCAGCGGUUUUAGAAAUUCUACCAGACCUCCUGAUCAUGGGCCUGGGCCCAUUCCACAUGUCCGUAAAAAUAUCCCACCCACUAGAUCUCCGAGAGAAGCAGGUCUAGCGCAUCCAGACGCUUCAUCGAUAUCGUCUCAUGUGGAUGAACAGAUGAACUUCGAGAGAAGACCAAGACAUAAAACUAGGGAAGACAAAUAUGAAACGAAGAAAACGAAGCGAGAUCAUGAGAAGGGGAGUAGCGGAGGCUAUGAAGAACAUCGAAGAAAGAAGCGGAAGAAAGCCGAAAAGAGGAAAUCCAUUAUAUCCAGUAAGAACAUUGUGAAUAAUUUCACCUCUGACGCUGUGUUGAACAGCCGUAUUACUGUACAACCGCAGCUUAAGCCUGGUUUAUUCGAGAAUAGACGAACAUCCAAGAAACAGCCCAUUUCGGACCUAGCCUUCUCCCAAAUGCAGUUUAUGAAGCAUCAGAAGCGAAAUCCUCAGCCAAAGCCACUAUCCAAAUCUCGCUUAAGGGAGAAACGACGCGAAGGCAGAGAAAUAGAGGAGGUAUCUUCGUUUUUCUUACCACACGGAACUGAUAGGAAUACUCGGGCGCCAAGAGGUCAUGAUCCAAGUUCGGAUAAUGGCCACCAGAGUAUAGAACAUCAGGCUGGGCGACUCCCAUCCAUUCAUUUUCAAGAACUAUCCAAGCCCUCGCCUUCGGAUCAUCGUCAAUAUCCAAAUACUAUCCACAUAUCUCAGCCUCAUGAUGAGACCGCUGAGACGCUCAGUUUAAACCCCUAUAGAUAUAUCGAGGAUGGAAAAGACUCAGGGAAAAGUACAGAAUAUUUCACCUGGUCUACCAGUCAUCAUUCACCACGGGUUAAUGGACGAGCGAACAGUUCGAGUCCAGACGUGUCAGGCUCGGUGUGGACGACAACGCCCGAACCAGUUAGAAAGGAUCUAAUAGCAACUGGCAUAUAUCGUGAUACCGGGAUCCCUCUAUACGACGACCGUCUCGCUGAACAGAAUGUCGAAAGAAGGGAAACAGACGCUGGGAUGUCCGACGUUCAACGUAUAGAGCCAGAAGAUAAUACAAGAAGUCCCCGUCAUGAGUUCAAUGAGUCUCAGAAGGUUAAGUAUCGAGAUCGAGCUAUAAUGACCGAAAAUUCCAUAAAACGCUCAGGACCACCGCUCGAAAUCCAAAAAUUGGGAGAGUGCCGGGUAUCUAAAUCUCAGGAGGAGUCACACCCACAAGUGUCUCAAGUUACUCCAGAGGUUGAUCGCCAGAAAAUUGUCAGAGAUACACGUCUCACCUCCCCCGAAAAGGAUAGCUCAAGAUCAAGCGUUCGAACUCCAAAUUUAUCAGCCGUUAAAGCGAUUCCUAUUCACCAAACCCCAGAUUUAGCAGGAACAAAUGUGAAUCAAAGUGUAGGAAGACGGACACAAGAAAUGAGCGAUCCGGUGUCAGGAACCUCUCGAGAUGUGAUGCCACCACCCCCAAUCCCACAUGAACGAAAUAAUUCAAUCGUAUCGUCACAUGCUAACAAAAGGGAGGUCGACCCUCCUAGUCCUAGACAGACAUCACCCCUCAAUAUUACAGAACCCGAAAGCCUACACGCUCAUCACAUAGGGAGUUGCAGUGACGUUGGCCAAACUAUCCAGGGGCUACCCGUAAGCUGUAACCAGACUACUUUAUCGUCAGAGUCGACAGUAAAUAAUGAACGCAUACUAUCAUCAUUCGACACAGCUUCCUGGAUACCCCAGAGAACGCCGUCAGCUCGAAUAGCAGAAACGCGAAGCAUUAUUUCUAGAACAAGCAUGAAAUCGCCAUUUUAUGUAGACCAAUACGAAAGGGCCUUGAGUAGAAACUCCUAUCAAAAGAAUCUAACCAAAUCUCAGGAGCCCGAGAGCAUGGCUGAAUUUAUUGCUAGGAUAGAGAACGAGUCGCAACAGCACUCCCCUUUGUACGAUGAUGACACCAUGGGUUCGGAAUUCGCUCUAGAGAAAGCAGCGCAAGGUCCUCCUGUUUCCAAUAGAGAAUUCUCUCAUCAGCGACCUUUAGUCAGUCAAGCCUACGGCGAAAGACAAAAUAUGUACACUCAUCUAAACCAUAAUCCGCACCUCUUAUACACCGAUCUAGAAAGUUCGAAGAUAUAUCAUCAGGGCGGAGGAGAGUAUCAUAUCGAGGCACAAAAUCCUCAAUGCGAUAUUGGUAUUCACAGGUCCUUUCCUGACGUUGUACAACCCUUAGGAGACUUUGAAGAGGAACCUUUUGAGAUGUCAAACUUUUGGCGCCCAAAUCAAUUCUCCCGGUUCUGA